AUGGGAGCAUCCGAUCCUGAUUUUGAAGUCGUCUCAUCAUUCGAGGGGAAGAAUCAUAAUACAAAUGAUGAUUCAGAUUUUCAAUCAGAAUUGGAAGAGGAAAUUAAUGCCGAAUUGGAUCUAGCCUGUGAUCCGAACUACCCUCCCCUCGCAAAAUGGACAAGAGAUCAUCCUAAAACUCAAGUAAUUGGUGAAGCACCUGAGGGACUUCUUACUCGAUCUCAAAUAAAAGCAAAGCAAACUGCUCUUUUCUCUCAGGGACCCGAAGGCAUGUUUAUCAAUCAAGAGGCCUACACAAAGACACUGCUAGCAAAGUUUGGCAUGAUGGGUGAUUCCAAUGUAAAGGUUCCCAUGGCGUUUGGAACAAAGUUAACACCAUCUUUGGAGAAACCGGUUGUUGAUAUGACUCUUUAUCGAAAAAUGAUAGGAUCUCUAACGUAUCUAACAACCAUUCGACCAGACGUAAUGUUUUCUGUUCGUUAUUAUGCUAGGUUCCAGGCUAAUCCAUGCGAACCUCAUAUGGUGGAUGUUAAGAACAUCUUAAGAUAUUUGAAGAGAACCUCUUCUCUCGGUCUGUGGUAUCCUGCUAAAUCAGGAUUUUUCAUACAAGUAUUCUCUGAUGCUGAUCUUGGAGGAUGUGGUCUGGACCGAAAGAUCACUACAGGCGGAUGUCAAUUUCUCGAUGGUAAACUUCUCGGCUGGCAGUCAAAGAAACAAACAUAUGUUUCUCUCUCUACAGCCGAAGCUGAUUAUAUCGCUGCAACAUCUUGCAUUUCUCAGGUCAUUUGGAUCCAAAGCCAACUUAGAGAUUAUGGCCUUAACAUGAAGAAGAUUCCAAUUUAUUGUGACUCUGAAAGCGCUAUUAGAAUCUAUCAUAAUCCAGUGCAACACUCCAAGACGAAACAUAUAGCACUGUGA